GGAGGAUAAAAGAGAAAGAAACGCCUAACCCAUUCUGUGUGUCUCGCUCUUCCUCAAACAAAGCCAUGAUGGAAUCCCGAGACCAUAUCGGAUCAGGAUCCGGAUCCGGAUCCGUCAAGGGGUGGCAUGCGGCGGAACUGGCGAAGUUCAAAGCGUUCCACGACCGUGAGAACAACGACCACGAUAUCCAGAAUACAAAAUACAAAGAGGAAUAUGUCUAAGGAUAAACAAACAAAGAGGAGGACGAUUUACAAAAGGGUGUUGGAGACUCAAUGACUCGACUGACUCAACUGGAACUCGACCACAAAGAAGAAGAAGAAGAAGAAGAAGACAAAGAAGGAUUUGAUGCUGGCUGUGCAAUUUGUUGUACAGAAGGUAACCACGGCACUGGUACUUGUCCGUACUGGGAUUUCAAUUCAAUUCAAUCCAAGCUUUAACUGGGACCAACUAAAAAAAAUGGAAACAAGACUUAGAGAUUGUUCUAGGUCUCAUGGACUUAGAUGUUGCUUUGAGAGAGGAAGAACCAGAUGUUCCUGAAGAGGAUGACUCGACUAAGAUUACAAACAAGUAUGAGAAGUGGCAUAAGGCAAAUAGGAUGGCAAUUCUCAUUAUGAAAAGGGCAAUGUCUGACACUGUGAGAGGUGGUACUGCUGAUAUGGAGAGUGCUAAGGAAUUUUUGGCAUCAAUUGAAGCUAAGUUCAAGGAAUCCGAUAAAGCUGAAACCGGAAACCUUAUGAACUCAUUGAUGACAACCAAGUUUGUCGAUGGAAGUGCGAGGGAGCACAUAUUGGGGCUGAUUGAUAUUGCUACUAAGUUGAAUGCUUUGGAUGUUGCAAUUAGUGAUCCAUUUUUGGUUCAUCUGGCUCUCAACUCUUUGCCUUCGGAGUACUCUCAACUGAAAAGCACAUACAAUGCUCAAAAGGAAAAAUGGAAUCUCAAUGAGCUUAUAGCUAUUUGUGUUCGCGAACAUAAGAUAAGAGAAAAGCAAUGUUGCUAAUUUAGUCCACACUCCACACCCAUGCUAAGAAUUAUACCAAUGAAAUUUCCAAAAAUCCCUCCUACAAACCUAAGGGGUCUAACAACUUCAAGGCAGCAACUAAGCCAAAUGGUUUGAAGUGUUAGUUUGAAUACAUCUUGUUACUAGUCUUAGCAUACUUUUUUUAUUCAAAAGAAGUUACCAGUUGGUCACGAAAUCAUGGCCGUCAUUUUUUUUUUAUGUUGGGAGAGAUUCACAGAAUUAUUUUAACUUUCCUCUAACUACCAUCGUAGGAUUUCCUAAUGUUUUAUUUUGUCAAAUUCUAUUUUAGUGCGUACUCAUCACACGCCACAACAUUCCUCAUCACUUAUCAGCAGUAAUUUCUAAUCAAAAUAUCCAAAAGGAAUUAUUAUUAGCACUCA